CUGUCGCAAACGGGUUCUCUUACGACAGCCGUGUGGACUUCAGAUGCCGUAAAGUGAUUUGUCUCUACACACAUGGUCCAGUAUGGAGACCAAACCGAAAAAGAAGUCGUUUUCGCCCAGAGACGGGAAGAAACCAUCAUUCAAGCCGAAAGGUAAACCAGGAGGAAAACCUCAGGGCAAACGACCAUUCAAACCUCACAACACUGACAAAGCAAAGAGCUUUAAAAGAUCAGCUGGAGAUGGAGGACCGCGGAAAUUCAACAGAAAACCAGCAGAUGGAAAGUUCACAAAGAAGAGAAAACACCCUGGAAGCAAAGAUGAAGAAGGCCCUGAAGGGAAGAAACCUAAAUGGGGUGAAUUCAAACAAAAGAAGAAAGAGUUGAAGCAGAAUCGCCAGCAGAACGAGAAAAAAGAGAGUUACCAGAUUGUCAGCAGAGCAAAGCAAGUGUGGGAGAUUGUAAGACGGAAAGACUGUGACAAGCAAAAAAGGGUCAAACUGAUGAAAGAACUACAGACUCUUGUGAAGGGCAAAAUUAAAACAAUUGCCUUUGCUCAUGAUUCCACGCGAGUGCUUCAGUGUUUUAUUCAGUUCGGCAGUGACCAGCAGAGACAGGAGGUCUUCGAGGAACUCAAAGAGCACAUCGUGGAGUUGAGUAAAUCGAAAUAUGCUAGAAACAUUGUGAAAAAGUUUCUAAUGUAUGGGAGUAAACAGCAGGUGGGGGCAGUGAUGUCGGCUUUUAAAGGGAACGUCAGACAGAUGCUCAGGCACUCCGAGGCGUCUUCAGUAGUCGAGUACGCUUACAACGACAAGGCCAUCCUGUCCCAGAGACUCAUGCUCACCGAGGAGCUCUACGGAAACACAUUCCAAGUCUGCAAGUCCUCAGUUUGUCCAACGCUAGAGAAGGUUUUGGAAGCAAAUCCAGAGAAGUUAGACGGCAUCAUGGAUGAAAUGAAGCAGAUCCUCACACCCAUGGCUCAGAAGGAGGCCGUCAUCAAACACUCGUUGGUCCACAAAGUUUUUCUGGACUUCUUUGAGCACGCUCCAGCCAAACAGAGAACGGAGAUGAUCGAGUCCAUCAGAGAGGCGGUGGUGUACAUGGCACACACACAUGAUGGAGCCAGAGUCACCAUGCACUGUUUAUGGCACGGCACACCCAAGGACCGAAAAGUUAUAGUAAAAACAUUGAAAUCAUACAUUGCCAAAUUUGCAAUGGGUGAAUAUGCUCAUCUUGUACUAUUGGCUGCAUUCGAUUGCAUUGAUGACACCAAGUUGGUUAAACAAAUCAUCAUCUCAGAAAUGUUAAGUUCCUUAUCUGAAGUAAUUGGCAAUAAAUCUGGUAAAAAGGUGUUGCUUUACCUGCUGAGCCCGAGAGACCCUGCCCAUUUCUUACCUGAGAUCAUUCAGGUGCUUGAGAAAGGUGACGGCAACGCACACAGUAAGAAGGAUGUGGCGAUCCGGAGGAAGGAGCUGCUGGAGGCCGUGUCUCCUCCUCUGCUGAAGUACCUGUGUGAGAACGCUCAGUCUAUGGUCAUGGAUAAAGCCUGCAGCGUGGCUGUGAGUGACAUCCUGGGCGCCGCCAUCGGAGAUCUCAGACCUGCCAUGGAGGCAGUGGCGGCUCUGGCAGCCGGACCCCUCACACCGGGAGGAGAAGAUGGCCAGCUUCAUAUGGCAGAGCACCCCGCUGGUCAUCUGGUGUUGAAAUGGUUGAUCGAGCAGGAUGCUAAGAUGAAGGAGGCAGAGAGAGAAGGCAAGUACAGAAGGUCAAACCCUGACACACUCGCGUCACGGACUCACAGCUUUGGGCUAAAAAGCUUGAUGGGAAUUUUGAGGAUACUUUUAAUUUCCUUUUUAAUUCUUAGAAGUAAUUUUCUUUAUGUACAGUACUAAAAACAAAUUGAGCAGUGUCCCAAUGUGAGCUGAUGUUUUACAUCAUGUCCUGCCUUGUUUUAUUCGCCAGAGCGUUUCUCCAGGAUUCUUCUGCAGAAGGUCGGGCUGGAGAACCUCAAGACGUGGGCUUCAGUCAACCGUGGUGCCAUUGUUCUUUGUUGCCUUCUCCAGAGUGCAGAUGAAAGUGUUGCUGAAGAAGUGAAAGUCAUGCUGAAAUCCAUCCUUCCUGAACUACAGAAGGUCCAGAACUCAAAAGGAGUUGAGGUUCUGCUGGAAAAGCUGGCCUGAUCUGCCAAAUCAGUUUUGUUUUGUUAGUUUAUUCUUUCCUUUGGAAUUUUAAUUGAAUUUAUAUACUGAUGUAUGUAAAUACAGAACACUCACAAACA